AUGUUCUCCAUCUUCGAUCCCGUUUCUUCCAUGUUGGACGUCAUGGCAAUUCCACAAUCAUACAAUUCCUUUGCCCCGGCCAAUCUCUGCCCGUCUAGCAAACAUCUUCAAAACCAUCCCCGGCCCCCAAGAGUCAAUCUACCGGCUGUCUAUCCCGCAGCCUCAGCUCAUUCUUUUCCACGGGCCGCCCGUGUGACUGGAGAAGUGGUUGGCAAAUGGCCGGGUCUCAGCACAACCGCCUUUGUCCACAACCAUCUCUCGGUCUGUCAUCACUAUACUAAAGACGGCUUCUAUAUCUACCUAGCUCCAUCUACUGUGCCUCAUGCAAACGCGGGGUUCCUGCUUAUGCACGACUGA